GCCUUCGUUACCGAUCGCAGCAUCACGCGAUUCUGCUAGGGUUUUGCGAAGCCAUUCUCCGCGCCUCGAAGCCAAGGAGAAGGGGUGACGCGAGGGAAGAGGCCAUGGAGGGCGACGAUGAGGCCACGUUCGCGGCGGCGACGGGCUACGAGGCGAUGUACGCCAACGGCGACGCCGGUGACGACCCGCGCCUGCCGCCAACACCAAGGUCGGGCAAGGCGGCCGUGGGCAGCGGAGGAGAUCUGAUGGACGUGGAGGCCUACGCGGCGCUAUACACCGGCAGGACUAAGGUGGCGCGGCUGCUCUUCAUCGCCGAGCGGUGCGGCAACGAGGGCAUGCAGCUGGAGGCCUUCCGCUUGGCCCACGACGAGAUCAAGAAGGGGGAGGACUCCCACCUCUACCGCGAGGCCAUGGCCAAGAUCGGCGAUCGGCUCGGUCCGCGGUAUGCCAUCGACCAGGUCUGGGCAGACGCCGUCGAUCGCCGGGCGGAAGUGCGGAAGGAGAAGCUCGAGAACGAGCUUAAUAUCUAUAAGACAAAUUUGAUCAAAGAAAGCAUCAGAAUGGGUUACAAUGAUUUAGCAGAUUUUUUCUAUGCUCAUGGUCAGCUUGGUGAUGCCUUCAAGAAUUAUGUUCGUACACGUGACUAUUGCACUACCUCAAAACACAUUGUCCACAUGUGUUUGAAUGUUAUUCUGGUCAGCAUCGAGUUGAGCCAGUUCAUGCAUGUCUCCAAUUAUGUCAGUAAAGCAGAGCAAACACCAGAACAGUUGGAUCCUGUAACCCAUUCAAAACUGCGAUGUGCUGCAGGGUUGGCUCACCUAGAAACAAAAAAAUAUAAGCUUGCAGCUCGCAAGUUUUUGGAGACUGGGCAUGAACUAGGAAAUAACUACACUGAGGUGAUAGCACCACAAGAUGUUGCUAUAUAUGGUGGGCUUUGUGCGCUUGCUUCUUUUGAUCGAACAGAGCUUAAGAACAAAGUCAUUGACAAUGUUACUUUCAGAAAUUUUUUAGAGUUGGUGCCUGAAGUAAGAGAACUUAUAAAUGACUUCUAUGCAAGUCGCUAUGCCUCAUGCCUGGAGUAUCUCGAGAACCUUAAACCAAAUCUACUACUGGAUAUCCAUUUGCAUGAUCAUGUUGAGACACUUUACACUGAGAUUCGCCACAAAGCCAUUAUUCAGUAUACAAUUCCAUUCAUUUCUGUUGAUCUGCAUACGAUGGCUGGUGCCUUCAAAACUAAUGUUGUUGGGUUAGAGAAAGAACUGGAAGCUUUAAUUACUGAUAACCAAAUUCAAGCUCGGAUAGAUUCUCACAACAAAAUUCUUUAUGCGAGGCAUGCUGAUCAAAGAAAUGCAACCUUCCAGCGUGUCCUACAAACCGGUGUCGAGUUCGAGAGAGAUGUUAGGGCCAUGUUGGUCCGUGCAAAUUUGGUCAAACAUGAAUGCAUCACCAGGGCAGCAAGGAAACCUUGAAAGCUUAAAGGUGAUCUCAUGACUGGAGAUUUUAGAUUUGCACCCACCGUGGAUGGAAAAUGAUUGUUAUUCUUUUGCAUUGUAUUCAAGUCCAUUGUACACGUCGGCACAUUGAUAUGUAUUUGCAGGACAAUGACUCCUGUGCGUCGGUAAUCUAUUUUGUUGCAAUAGCGGUUAUGUACAUACUUUUGAGGAUGAAAACACCUUCACACAUAUAACCGUUCAGGCAAUUAUCGGAGUACUUUGCAUGUUGAUUAACAUGACAAUUCUUUUUA